ACCCACACACUCUGCUUUUAGUUUGACAAGUUUUAGCUCAACGUCUGAGGCAUCUGGGUAAUCCCUCCUGUGAUACUUUACCUUUUGGUUUCCAUCAGAGCGAUGGGAAAACUCUACGCUGCGAUGUCCUGUUUGUUGCUGAGUGUGGCAGCGGUGACGGCCCAGGGAGCUCAGACUAAGAUGGAGGAGCGCGUGCUGCCUCAGUGGCUCACCGGGAUCAUCGCCGUCUCCGGCUUCCUCUUCCUCGCCUUUGUAGGCUUCGUGGUGAAGAAGGCCUGGUGUGAGGAGCCACGCAGCAGGAAGAAGGUCACUAUGGAGUUGGUCAGAGAAAAUGAAUCUGUCAACAAAAACAUCUAUGAGAGCAGUCCUGGCAUGGUCAGGGUGAACACCGUGGUGGAGGUGGUGGGAGAAACAGAAAACACCUAUGAGAGCACUCUGGACAUGGUCAGGAGCAAAGACAACAGGAACGCUUACGACAACCUGGUGAUAGACGACACUGAAGACAAAGUUACCUCCAUGUGACCGUCCCGCAGUGACCCUAUUGGCUGUCUCAACAUUGUCCUCACAGACUCUGGUCAACAUUCUUUUCUAUGGAACAAAAAUCCCAUUUAAUGAUGUGUUUUAAUUAAUGUCAUCUUUGUUUUGUCGUACCCGUUGUCUCUGGUGGGGGGAGCUGAGAAUUAGAAUCAGAAUUUUUUUUUUUUCAAUUUAUAUCAGUAAGCAGAAAGUUAUUAUUAAAAAAAAUAAUUCACCAUAUUUAUUGGAUCUGAGACAUAAACAAAAUCUAUAUAUUACUGUGUUUGCUUCAGUCACUAGGAAGUAACUGUCUAUCCCGUGAUCCUGAUUAAUAAGUUAUCUCUCCUCACAAACUGCUGUGUGGGCUCUCGUUACUGAUCAAUGAAAGAAUGACCUGUGAUUAAUAAUUACACGCUGACGGUGCUUUCCCAUUUUUUCGAAAAAACGUUAGUUCAGGUGUCUGUAAUAUUAAAAAAACAACUGUUGCCUUUA